AUGGGGCAGCCACAGCUUCCCUGGAACAAUGACUUCCUGAGGAACACGGUGCAUCGGCACGAGCCGCCGGUCACCGCCCAGCCCAUCCACAUCCUGGUGGAGAACGAGGAGGUGGUGGUGGUGGACAAGCCCUCCUCCCUGCCCGUGCACCCCUGCGGCAGGUUCCGCCACAACACGGUCAUCUUCAUCCUGGGCAAGGAGCACGCCCUGCAGGAGCUGCACACCAUCCACCGCCUGGACCGCAUGACCUCCGGGGUGCUCAUGUUUGCCAAGACCCUGGAGGUCUCCAAGAAGAUCGACGAGCAGGUUCGGGAGAGACAGCUGGAAAAGGAGUACGUCUGCCGAGUGGUGGGGGAGUUCCCAGAGCACGAAGUGGUCUGCCAGGAGCCCAUCCUGGUGGUUUCCUACAAAGUGGGGGUCUGUCGUGUGGACCCCAAAGGGAAGUUCUGCAAAACCACCUUCCAGAGGCUCAGUUACAACGGCAGGACCAGCGUGGUCAAGUGCCUGCCCCAGACUGGCCGCACGCACCAGAUCCGGGUCCAUCUGCAGUACCUGGGCCAUCCCAUUGUCAAUGACCCCAUCUACAACAUGGAAGCCUGGGGCCCCGAGAGGGGAAAAGGUGGCAAGAUUGAUAAAACAGAUGAGGAACUCCUCAAGGCUCUGGUGGAGGAGCAUCGUUCCAAACAGAGCCUGGAUAUCUUGGGCAUUUCAGAGGAGGACGUGGACGUGGACCUUGGUGCUGAAAAUAAAGACUGUGGUAAUUCAAGGGACUGCAUGAAGUCUGGGGAGGCUGAUCCCAUACAUGAGGAUUCCUGCACUUCCAAGGACAAUGGGGAUCCUGAUAAGAACUCAAAGGAUCCCAAGAGGGACACUGAGGAUUCUGAAAGCCACAGUGUAGCAGCUCAUCCACUGAACUCUGAUAGCCACCUGGAAAUGCUUGAAAAAACCAAAGAACUGGGCUCCUGUGAGAAUCGUGGUGGAGAGAAGGGUUCAGAAAGGGACCCUUUGUGCCUGGAGUGCAAGAUGAGCCGGCGGGACCCGUCCCCCCAGGAGCUGGUGAUGUACCUGCACGCCCUGCGCUACAAGGGAGCCCAGUUUGAGUAUUGCUCCAAGAUGCCCCAGUGGGCCAUGGAGGACUGGGAGGAAUGA